ACGUCUGAUGCGCGAAUCCCUCUCCGUUCACGCGAGCGCGCGCCCUCCCCAACUCGCGCGACUACAGAGUCGCUCCAGCCUAUGAUUCAAAGUAGUGUAGACUUCUUGCCCGGCUCCAGCUGUCUCUGGUCUCUCCAGGAAUGAGAAGCGAUGGCCGGCUCUGCCAACGAGGAGAAAACCUUCAAGAGGUUCUUGGAGCUCUUCUUGCGGGAGAUGAGGCCACCUCUCCAGGAGGACGUACCUCUACCUAUGCGCCCCUUGACGGACCUGAUCUCGGAGGACGAGGUGGAGGGGGAAUGUCUCGACCUGUGUCUCCAGCACCUGUGUAAAUAUAAUUGCCCUUUUUCCUUGGCUUCAGCCCUGGCCCGUGGUACAGCAGACAGUAUCCUGCAAAGCGAUCUCUCUUUGUACUAUCUCAACAAGAGUGUGGAGGAUGGCACAGACACACUGCCUCAGAUUGAUUCGGUGAAGCUGGCCCGGCUGGUCUUUAAUAAGCUAUGCGAGACGUGCGGUCAUUGGCUAAAGGAGUUCCCGUAUCGACGCCGCCAAUUGCCGUACUACGAGACCUCCAUCCACGCUAUUAAAAACAUGCGCCGAAAGAUGGAAGACAAACACGUCGUCAUUCCUGACUUCAACACACUUUUCAAUCUACAGGAUCAGGAAGAGCAGGCUUUUUUCGCUGUGUUUGAUGGUCACGGCGGGCUGGAUGCUGCCAUCUACGCCGCCAAUCACCUGCACGUAAACCUGGUCAGACAAGAAAUGUUCAGUCAAGACCCUAAAGAGGCUCUGUGUCACUCCUUCAAACUGACAGAUGAGCGGUUCAUACAGAAGGCAUCACGUGAAAACAUGCGCUGUGGCACCACAGGGGUCGUGACCUUUCUGAGGGGUCGCACGCUGCAUGUGGCCUGGCUGGGUGACUCACAGGUCAUGAUGGUGAAGAGAGGUCAGCCGGUGGAGCUGAUGAAACCACACAAACCGGACAGAGAGGAUGAGAAAAAGAGGAUUGAGGCUCUGGGUGGGUGUGUAAUCUGGUUCGGCACAUGGAGGGUGAAUGGCAGCCUGUCCGUGUCAAGAGCCAUCGGUGAUUCAGAACACAAACCCUAUAUCUGUGGAGACGCUGACUGCAGCACCUUCAACCUGGACGGGAGCGAGGACUACUUGAUCCUGGCCUGCGACGGCUUCUACGACACAGUGAAUCCAGAAGAAGCUGUGCGAGUGGUCAGCGACCACUUGCAGGAGAACAACGGGGACACCGCCAUGGUGGCCCACAAGCUAGUGGCCUCGGCCCGAGACGCGGGGUCCAGCGACAAUAUCACGGUCAUCGUGGUGUUCCUCAGGGACCCCCGUUUGCCCCCACCCUCAGAUGAACCGGAGGAGGAGCGGGAAGAGGAGUUGGUGGAGGACGCAGGAGAGGAGGAAGAAGAAGUGGAGUCCUUGCAGAGUGAGCUGGUGUGUCAAGAUGGAGGGGCGGAGAAUGGAGGAAAGAACCGGGGCGGCUGGCCACUCCAGCAGUGCUCGGCGCCGGCCGACCUGGCCUAUGAAGACCGCAUGGAUUCGUUUACGGACAGAACAAGUCUGAGCAUCAUGGGGCCGGACCUGCGUGCAGAGACUGGCUGCUUCAGGCUUCCAGCUUCAUCCAUCCUCCCCCCGACGAGAACCAUCAUGCCAGACCUCAUACCCCCCUACGGGGGGGGUGGCGCGGCCUGGCGCCCCUACCAAGAGGACGGCCCCUUUGGGUACAGGCAAAAGCCCCAGCCUAAACCCAGAGUGCCCUCCUACACGCAGACCACCUCAGAUGGACAAUUGUUGGAGGUGGCUGCGCUCUUCCCUCAGGAGGGCCGGAGGAAGAGGCGGCUGGAGGUCAUGCCGCUGAGGAGGGAAUCGCAGCGCCUGAUUCGUAGGGCUAGAGAAAGUCAUGGUCCUCUGAGCUUCUUCCCUAGUGUGCCCUAUCCUCUCCGCUCUCCAGAGAGGAAGCCUGGGAUAGCCUUUCCCCAUGUAACCCACAGCAAAAGGGUCUAAUCGACAACUUCCUUGCCCCAUCAUGCCGCCCUCCGUCUCUCAAGCUAAAGCACGCUCAUUUCACACAACACAUGACGUGGGCAUACACACACAUACAUGCAUACUCUGUUCCAAAACCUAGUGAGCAGCCUUCAUAGGCAGCAUUUUGUGGGACCUUUUGGUCACCUUGUAUUGGACAGAUUUUAAGGCAGCAUCACAUGUUUCCUUUGUGUUGAACACAAACCCAGAUUGAAGAGAGUGAAAAUCUUGAUAAAAACAGUUUACUAUCAUUUUAACAGUUUACUGUCAGAACUGUGAGAUGUAAACUCGGAAUUCUGAGAUUAAAAAUUCAAAAGUGCAAGAUGUAAACUUCUGAGGCCCUGUUCACACUAGCGCGUUUUCAUUUUAAAACGAUUCUCAUCUACACUGGCGUUUUCACUGCGUUUCAGAAACGAUCUCUGUCCACAGUACACAACCGAAAAUGCAUGUCACAUGACCAUUCAUGCAGGUCCAACAAUGAGCAUGAUGUUAUUUUUUUACACGGUCGCCAAGGAUACGCAGCGUGAAUGUGGGCAGCCACGUUAUUGUUUUCAAAAGUCUCCCCAUUUUGGUCCGUUUACACUAAAACACAAAUGAAAACAGGGUCUUCAGCAUUUCCGAAAGUCUCCCAUUUUCAGAGUAGCGUAAACGACAGGUGUAACCAUAGCAAAAGUUAUGCGUUUUAAAUCACACUAGUGUAAGAGAAAACACUGCGAGAUGUAAACUCAAAAUUCAGAACAAAAAAAGAAAUGUAAAAUGUAAAAAAACCAUCAGAAUUACAAAUUCAGAAUUCUGAGAAAAAAGUCACAAUUAAAAUAUGCAUUUUAUAUUUUUUGUUCCAUGGUGAAAAUAAGCUCAACAUGCUGACAGCAAAUCCUAAUAAAAUUCCUUAAUUGUUAUUUAUGUUGCUGCCUAUGUAGAGGGUUCAAAUGAAUCUAUUGUGAGGUUCCACAGACAGCUGUCUAUGUAGGGAGCAGGCAACGAGGCAACUCACUGAGCUCUGGAACAGAAACACAAACAUAUGAGAUCCUACAUUGCUUUAACGCUUCCACUCUCAUCUUAUAUGAGCCAGCCUAUCAGAAUCCUUCACCACUCUCAGCCAGCUUCCUCCGCAUCCUCAUAACCCUCUCUCUGGUCCAGAAUUAUUUGUGUGCGUGUGUGUGUUUGGUAGGGGAAAAAAGAGCGUAAACACUAUCUUCUGUUCAUACACACACACACACACACACACACACAGAAGUGGAGUUUCAGUCAAACCCAGUUUAGAAUCACGCGGUCAACAGGAGUACAGGUCUUAUGUCUUAUAUCUGGUGUUUGAUGCGAGAGACAUUAUACAGCUUUUGGUUAUUGAAGCUAUUUUAAUGUUCAAACACUACUCUUCAGAGGAACUGACGUCAUUGUCCUCUAAAAUUAAUUUUUUUCCUUUUUAUCUGAAGCAUAUACUUAUUGUAUGAACUGGUUACUCGAGGAUGCAAUGAUGUCUAUAAAUUACAGUUUAGGAUUUGUCUAUAAAUUGCAGCUCAGGCAUAAUUAUGACCUGGCUGUGAUGAGUCAUUGAGAAAUGAGUGGCAUCAUAUUCGUGUAUGUCUUUAUGAUUUUAGCACACAUGCUUUAUGUGCUGUUUAUGACCCCAUGUUUUACCUUGUUCAUUUUGUUAGACGUGUUCGUUUAUCUAAAAACCAUGGAUGGUGCUUUUCACAAAUGGGAUACAAUUUACUUUCCUUUUAUUUUACUUUAAUAAUAUUGUCUUUAAUUGUAAUUAUUAUUUUGUUUAUUGCUAGGGAAAAGAAAAAAUUACAAAACUUGAUAAGUGGGUUGCAAACCUCAUAAAAUCAAUGUAAAAUAAACCAACUCAUAUAAUAUUUAGUUUGACCUUGUUAGGUUAACGGUCAUAAUUUUCUGAAGUAUAAGUGCCACUUUUACUGACCAUUUGAUGAAAGAACAAAAAAAAUGAUUUGAUUUUUAAGAGGCUCUAUUUUGUAUUCUAUUUGUGGAAAGUGCUGGGCUGGUUUUGGGCAGCUGCCACGUCGAAGCAUUUGCACAUUCACCACGUUUCCAGCCACCCUUUGGUGAUGCUAACUACAAAUAACAUAACCCACUGACAGCCAACACCUGUUGCUUUUCCAAUCAUUGCCUUGGAGAGAAACAUAUCAGAUCAAAUUUAGAUGCAUUAUAUAUUCUAUACACUUUCAGUUUCAAAACCAAAGAAGAAAAUGACGCUACCUAAACAGUGCUUCAUCUACAAGAGCUUGUUGUUAAUCCCUGUAGAGAAAGAUUAGUCCAAGAUAUUCACUUCCCGUUCAAAGUAAAUAUGUUUGGCCAAAUAUCUCUUAUCAGUUAUCUUUAUGUUGACAAGCUGGAUUAAGAUUUGUAUGGGAUGUGUAAAUGUAGCCAGAGGGGUUUGCUUGACAGGAGAUGCUCGUAGUUUGAAGUGCCCUUCAGGUGUUGAGGACAUGGAUAGUUGAGUUUCAGCAGCACAAUGUGUGCCUUCAUUUUCUUCAGCAUGGGCCUGUUUUUUUUUACAGGCUGGGAAGUGGAUCUGAUCGCUCUACCACUUUCUUUUUUCUAUACACUACCAGAUCUUUAUUUAGAAAUGGAUACAACACUUAAGAUUAAGAGAGAAUUUGUUGCAAUUUUUAAAUGGUACAUAUACUGUACUUUAGCAUUUUAAUUUAAGAAGAGUACAGUGAGGGAGGGACUUGUUACUAACAUUCAAGUAUUAUCUCUCUCAGUCACUUAUAUAAGGGCAUCAUGUAUAGAAGUCAAUUACUUUGGAAGUUCUGUGCCUGAAAGGGACAACAAGCUUAAAAUAAUAUUUUGGGUUAGGGGAUCGUUCACCCAAAAAUGACAAUUCUGUUAUCUUUUACUCACCCUUAAAUGGAUAUUUUGAAGAAUGUUGGUAACAAGUUACCAUUGACUUCCAUCGUAUGGACAAAACAAACAAACAAGACACUUUAAAAAUGUGUUUCUUUUAUUAUCCAAAGAAAAAAGAAAGUCAUAGUUUUGGAAUGAAAUGAGGGUGUGUAAAAAGGGUAUGAGAAUGUCCAUUUUCAUUUGUGUGAUCUAUCCAUUUAAUUAAGCUUUAGCGAUUACCACCGAAAAUAAUUUUGCCUCAUUUUAAAAAACGAAUCAAAUACAUAUGCCCGCAAGUGUGCAGAACUAUGAAGCAACUGUCACAACGUUUCAAAAGUAUACAUUUCUUAGCCGGAGACCAGUGUCUGUGCCAUUUAUAUUCAAUCUUGAAGCUAAUUCAAAGGACUUUACAGCUCAAAUAUCAAACAUUUGGACUGAAGAAUUGCUUCAAUAACAAAAUUUCAGUCUCCAGCCAUUCCGCCUGUAAACACAGUCAUAUUUAGAAAUUAUUGAAAACUAUUUGCUGUUGUAACCAUCACCUCACCAUUCAUCUGAUUAUUCGAUCUUUAAUCUUCAUACAGUACAUGAAGAUCAAAGUCAUAUACAUGUGUUUUCAUGUCUGGCACGCAUGAUGAUAUGACAGCUGUGAUGGCAUUGGCUGGUUCUGUUCAAGAUACCUGUGCUGGCCACACCUGUGUUUCUGAUUAGCAAUGGUGCAACCCUUAACUCCUUCCCUCUUAUGUCUAUAACUAGAAAGACUUGUGCCAUCCCUACCGUGCCAUUGCACUGAUCAGUUUCCAUUUAUUUAUUUUUGUUGGCGGAGGGAUGGAUAAUGGGCGGGGCAUAAACGUCCAUCACUUGUGUGUUCCCUUCUUCCGUCUCCAACCACGAAAUUCACCCACAUAAAGCCUGAGCUUAACACCAUCAGUGCUCUCCUGUCCGAAAAAGGGGCUUGAAUGGGAAGUUGAUCUGUUAUGGUGCAUUUUAACUGGUCCAGAAUGUACAUCCAGAUGUCGAAUGUACUGUAAGAGGAACCCUUCAAACAGAAACAUGGAGAAGGAUCAAUGAAACUUUGACCCGCAUUUAAAGACGCCAAGACUGUCCCGAAUGUAUGUACGCACUCUAUCGUCCAUUAUGAGAUUCGCCACCGGAUUUUCUGCCCUUUGCCCUGCCAGAUAUAUCAUGCCUCGUAAAUCCUAGAUCUGCACUAGAAGCGGAAAAUGUUCCCCCACGGCCUUCGAGACGGGAUUGAUGACCAGAGAUUGAUGAGUGCAGCUCACAGGACACGGACCUCGCGAUGAAGCUGCGCUCGAGAUGAUAUAUACGGCGUAGAUUCAGAGAUAACCUUCCCCUUUCGCCCUCACCAUCAUGUACAAUCUCCCUCACGAUCAUUCCUCUAGCACCUCGUACGGGGCACAAAUUAUAUAUCGGAAGUGUAGUAACUUACAUAUAUUGUAUACAUGUAUGUGUGUUUUGAGCGUGUGCGUGAGUGCGCGUAACAUUUGGGAUGUGUAUGUGACGUCUGUCUUCUAAAUGUGCUAUUUUAAUCACCACUGAUGACUCAGAUGGAUACAGAAGUCUGUAACGCUUUUCAGUAACCCUUGGCCCCACCCCCUUCUCACUGAAGUACGUACUUGAAAACUACUUUGGAUGCGCGCGAAGUCUAACAGAAUACAGUAAUACAGUCACAGGCUCCGAGUGGUAAUCAGUCAAAGGACCAAAGUUUUCGGACGGUUCGUUUCAAUGAAGAACAUCUCACUUCGUCUUCACGUACUCUUGAGCCUUGGCCCCCCGUGGACUGACUGUUAGACUCAGCGUUUCUCCUGUUAGCGAUAGUUUCUGCGUCGAGGGCACACUCUCGAUCUUUCAUGACGGUUAGCCCUCCUCACUUGCUGUCACCGCUUUUGUCCAUGUACUGUUCAGUACUGCUCUUUUUCUGCUAGCAAUAAUGAACCAACGCAAGCCAUGAGUGAAGAGAGCUCUUCAAAGGGCUCGUCUUCUCUAAAGCAAAGCUGAGGAAGGGUUUCCAGACAACUUAGAGGGGAAAAAACAAACGUAUCUUAAAAAAGAAACCUAUGUUACUGAUGGUCAUAACUGUAUUCUAUUAAACCUGUGUUGAUGAGAAACCA